AGAUUCCGCCCGAAGAUGGAAAUAUUUGGAGAUGUUCUGCAAGCUGCCCUGCAGGUGUCCAUAUCCUUGAACAAAGUGGAGUUAAGUGUCGGAGAGUCCAAGUUCUUCAUCUGCACAGCUAUCGGCGAGCCAGUGAGGCUGGAGUGGUACAACCCCCAGGGCGAGCGCAUCAUGGCCUCCAAGCGGAUGUCGCUUCACACGGAGACAUCACGAUCCAGGCUCAUCAUUUACAACGCCAUCAUCGAGGACGCUGGGAUCUACCGCUGCCAGGCCACCGACGCCAGCGGCCAUACCGAGGAGGCGUCGGUCGUGCUGGAGAUCUACCAGAGGCUGACGUUUCGGGACGUUCAGUCACCACAGGAGUUCCGCCAUGGUGAGACAGCGGAGGUGGUGUGUGAUGUCAUUAGUUCACCGGUGCCCGUGGUGGUGUGGUACUACCAGGACAAAGAGAUCACUGAGGAGCACCACAGCAGGUUCCAGGUGCUGGCAAACAACAACCUACAGAUCCAUCAGGUGACCAAGGCGGACGAGGGCGUGUACCGCUGCGAGGCCAGCGUAGAGGCCCGCGGCGAGAUCGAUUUUGUGGACAUCGCAGUGGUGGUCAACGUCCCUCCGGUGUUGUCGGUGUCCCAGCAGUCCUUCAAUGCCACAGCUGACUACCAGGAAUCAGUCACCUUUACUUGCAUCACCUCCGGAUCUCCUGACCCUGUGGUCACAUGGCACAGGAAAGGGCAGCAGCUGGAGCCAUCAGAGCAGUACAUUUUCAGCAGGGUGGACGGUGGGCGCAGCAUGUUGACCAUCCGCAAUAUCCGGCAGGGAGACGGGGGCACUUACACUUGCAAGGCCACCAACAAGGCAGGAUCUCAAGAAAGGGAGCUGUUCCUCAAAGUGUUUGUCCAGCCCCAUAUCACCCAGCUGAAAAACGUGACAGCCGUAGAGGGCAGCGCCGCCAUGAUCUCCUGUGUGGCUGACGGCGAGCCUCUGCCCGACAUUUCCUGGAGGAGAGCCAGCGACGGCCAGGCCUUCGUGGACGGAGACAAGAGUCAGGACGGACGCUUUGAAGUCCGCGGUCGUCACGGCAAGUCAGUGUUGACCAUCAGCGGCGUGAGGCUCGCCGACUUGGGUCGAUUUGACUGCGAAGCCCUCAGCAGGAUCGGAGGUCAUCAGAAGAGCAUGUUCCUGGAUAUUGAGUAUAUACCAAAGUUUCUGACCAACCACACCAUCUUUUACUCGUGGGAGGGGAACCCAGUGAACAUAAGCUGCGAUGUGAUGUCCAACCCUCCCGCCACCAUGUUGUGGAGGAGAGAGCGCUUCACCAUCUCCGCAGAGGGAACUGCCAACACGCGGGUACACAGCACUGAGGGCAAGUCUGUGCUGGAGGUAACUCCUAUGUCCGACAGAGACUUUGGCCGCUACAACUGCACAGCCAGGAACAACAUUGGAGUUCGAUACCAGGAGUUUAUUCUGGCCCAGGCAGAUGUACCAUCAAAUCCAUACUCUGUGCGUCUCUCAGCGGUUUCCCAGCGCUUGGCGACCGUCACCUUCAUGAAGCCCGACUCGCAUGGUGGCGUGCCCAUUAGCUACUACCUGGUCCAGUACAAGGAGAUCGGCUCUCAGGACUGGAGGGACGUCAAGUCACACAGUGUCCAGACAACAGUGGUGCUGACAGGACUGGAGCCCAACACAACGUACGAGGUUCGAGUGGCGGCUGUCAACGGAAAGGGUCAGGGAGAGUUCAGCCACACGGAGACUUUCCAGACUUUACCCAUCCGAGAGCCGAGUCCGCCAGCGGUCCACGGGCAGAGAGGAAUGGGCAAAGCCUACAGGCUGGGGCUGGUCAAGCAGGACGAUGGAGGGAUGCCCAUCGUGGAGUAUAUAGUCAAGUACAAGACUGAUAAAGAAGAACAGUGGAUGACCAAGCUAGUUCCCGGAGCGAAUGAUUUUGCGAUGCUUCAGCCGCUGCAGUGGAACACAAGAUAUGAAGUGGAAAUCACGGCGCGCAAUGUGAAAGGCCUUUCGGAGCCCACCUUCUAUCAGUUCUUCAUGCCACAGAAACCUGACAUUACAGCAGAAUCCCUGUUCAGCGGCCUGGGACUGGGGGCGGUGGUGGGCCUCGGCCUGGGAGCGUUGCUUCUGCUCCUCGUGCUGGUGGACGUCAGCUGCUUCUUCCUGCGUCACUGCGGCCUGCUGAUGUGCAUCACGCGCACACUCUGCAGCAAGAAAACAGCCACCAGCGGCAAGGGCAAAGAAAUAGAGGAGGGCAAGGCCGCCUACCUGAAGUUACCGCUGAAGGAAGAAAAUGGGAAAGAGUCUCUCAAGCCAGAUACGAUUGAAAUCAAAGUGCACAGUGACAACAGCAUCCACACAAAGCCCGACGACAGCAAAGCGUAAAAGGGUCGGUCCCCUCACCACCAAAAGAACAUUCGGAUCACGAGACCAAAACCCAGAGAAACUACAACACUGGAAAAUAGUGGAGUAAAAUACCAUAUCUGUUUAUAACAAUGCCCCAGUUAAAGGCAUGUGUAAAUACAAAUAAUAGAGAGAAAAUAGACAGGAAGAAAGGGUCAACCUUUUAGACACCCUGAGUGAUAAAUGUAUGAUGUUCUUAAAAACAUGGCAUCAGUGGACGGCUGUUGUUGAUAAAUGAUUGUAUUUUAUUUGCCUCACUUUUUGUUCUGUCCCUUUUUUUCUUUUUCUGACAAUGCUUUCCUGUUCCUUUUUUUGUGUGUUUUUAAAACCCACAUAAGACUUUCAUGCAGUUAAAUGUUGAUAAAUCACAUCUCUUACAUAAAAGAAACAAUCACAAAUUCAAAUAAAGCUAGGAUGUUAGUGUGCCUGGGCCGACCUGCGGGACAUCAGCGGUUUAAACCCAAUCGCCUGUUUCCAUGCCUGAGUGUUACACCACAGCAACCUUUUUUAUGCCUUAAUUGGCAGAGCUAGGUGUCUGGCUAAUGUGAGGCAAACACUGAAGCAUUACGUUUCAAGCUAGCUGGCUCCUGUAACAAAAGGUAAACUCCUCUUAAUGAGGUUUUGAGGUUUCAUUGCCUCGGGAGAACGCCACAAGAGGCUCUUAUGAGAGGCAUUUUUUCCCGGUGACACUGCAAAAGGUGAAAAAUUGUAUGAAACAAGACCUAAGCAUGGUUUCAAAUUUUGGACUUGUCAUUGAUUAAUAAUGAUGAUUAAUAAUGCUUUCUGAAGGGCUGUUGUGGAGCAUAGUUUGUGUUGAAGGAAAACAAGCUUCAAAAAAUUUUAAAACUUGACAGAAAAGACAGAAUGUGUUGCAGUCUAUGGCGUAUACAGACUUGUACCCACACGUGCAUUGAUGUCCUUGUUAGCAAAGCCUUUUAUAUUGAAACUGAAUAUUGUUGACACUCUUCAACGGUCUCAUUCUCUAGCAAUGUGUGUAGCUAAAAGCAGUGAAUGGUAGGACUCAAGGCAUGGGAACAAACGCAUACCGGUAUGCUGACACUGACGUGUGUUUUUAACGAUGAACACCGAUUUAAUAAUUUCUAUCUCAGAUCUGCCUCAGAUGCUUUUUUUUGGGGGGGGGGGGUCUGAUCGCUAUUCUCUCUGAUGUUGUCAUGUGUUUGUACAUAGGUGAAAAAAAAGGAUAUUUUACAGAGCUUUUAUGUAAAUAUACCCUAAAGGAUGUGUCUUUUUUCAAAAUGCAACAGGCUUGGCUUUUUUUGUGAACGCUCCUCAGAUGAAAAGGCUGCAUUUUUUUUCUUCUCCUCCUUCUGUUGUGUUUUGGUCCAAAGUUCAGUGAUGGUGUAAUAUUGCUUUUUCUAGUCAUUUGCUUUCCCUUAAGAAAAUCCAUGCCCUAAGGCUAUUUCACGGCAUUUCUAUGGAGACAGUAAUUACGGCAUUAGUGUGCCUUCUCUUUCUUUUUUUUCUCCCCACCUCGUGGCCCAAUGCCGCCGCAGCAGUGUAGACCAUCAAAUUAAUUUUUGAUCGGUGCUUUUUUUUGCCACAGAAUGUGCCAGACAAUUGAAUUUCAUUGUGAUGCUGUGAAUUCUGGGAAGUGUAGUCAUAAGAUAGUGGGUUCUGGUCGACAACACUGGACAGACACAGACGUGUGUCACUACCUAGUACAACUAGAUGUCAGGCUGUAACUCUUGAGUACAAAGUACAGUGAUGGGGCUGCAGAAAUCUGAUGUAAUGCACCACCACGUGUGUGUGUGUGUGUGUGUGUGUGUGUGUGUGUGCGCGCGCAUACAUGCUUGAGUGGGUGAGUACACUUGUCUACAUGAAUCAGGUUGCAUGUAUGUCAUUUGAAUGUAUCUGCACGUACUGUAAGCUGUCGGUAAAUGUUUGUGAGAGAGUGUGUGUGUGCCCAUUUUGGUUUUUCACAAUAAGAGUCUCCCAAUUUCAAAUAUUAUCCUAAAUUAAAGAGUUAAAAAGUCAAUAUCUUGCUAUUCUGGCAUUUAUUUUGUUAUAAUUUAUUUGUUUAUUGUGUUAACUAUUUAUAUAACAUUAAAGUGUAUUGAGUACACUUUUCAGUUCCAUGAUGCAUUGUGCAGCUCAUAUAGAUUUUGACCACAUGCCAAGUAUGAAUGUCCAAGUGCUGUGAAUGUGUAGAGGGAGCUGGGGAGAGCUCUCACGCUGAGUUUCAGAGUGCGCUCUGAUAGGUAAUACCCGAUUAUGUAGUUCUCGACAGUGACUAAUUCCCCAGGCUGCAGCACUCCACGCAUGUGUCUCGGAGGCCCCCCCUGCCACCCCGUUGCCACUAUUCCCUGCCUCUCAGACUCCAUUGGUUUUAAUCUCAGACCUCAUAGCUGGCUUUGUUUUUCCACAGUGAGCCCUUGUACCUGCAAAUCUCAAAUGGAUAGUCCUGCCAUGGAGUGGUUCCUCUGCCUGUUACGAUGACUGUAAAUAUGGGCGCACAGUGCCUGGAGGCUAUACGAUUUGUACAUGUUCUUUUGUAUUUGAAUAUGAGUAAAUAUCCAACCCCCCUGCCUUCUUAUCCUUUCCUCCCCCUCCCUUCUACUCCCUUCUCCUCUGUUUCCUCUCCAUGGCUCGGUCCUUUUUCUGUAGGGGGUAAAACAGGUGUGUUUGAGCUCAGUGUACAGUAUGUGUCCUCUUUGUCCCCACGCUCCCUGUGUCCCUUGGACUGUCCCCGCUGAGUGUACUUUGUGCAGGAAGUGGGAACUAUUGAUGUCUCUCUGUACGUACCUGUGGAACACUUGUGACUCCUGUCAUUUGCAGCUGUAA